GGUAAAAGUCGCCCUCUUUGGGGUGGCUGUGGGCCCAGCAUGGAUCACUUAGGGGCGCACCACCUCCACCAGAGCCACGCCGAGCCCAUCAGCUUCGGCAUCGACCAGAUCCUCAACAACCCGGACCAAGGCAGCUGCAUGAUCUCCAACGCGCGCCUGCAGGACGUGGCGGACUACGGCCUGGGAGGAUGCGUGGUGAGCAGCGCGUACAACCCCAUGGCCGGCCACUACGGCUCGGCCACCGGCGGCGGAGGCGGCGGCGGAGGAGCAGGAGGAGGAGGGUCGUCCUCCGCCGGAGGUUACAGCAACGGCGGGGCUUGCAGCAUGGCUUCUCUGGCGGGGUCUUACAACAUGAACCUGGGGGUCGGGACCAUGAACGGAAAUAACCUCAACGCGGCCGGGGGCGUGAUCCGGGUGCCGGCGCACAGACCCCUGACCGGAGGCGUCCACCAGCCUCUCUCCACGGCCGUGCCCACCGUCCCGUCCGUGAACAAUCUCACGGGGCUGACUUUCCCCUGGAUGGAGAGCAACAGGCGCUACACUAAGGACAGGUUCACAGUGGCCCUCUCACCGUUCACUGUAACACGCCGUAUAGGUCACCCCUACCAGAACCGGACGCCCCCCAAGAAGAAGAAGCCCCGCACCUCCUUCACCCGCCUGCAGAUCUGCGAGCUGGAGAAGCGCUUCCAUCGGCAGAAGUACCUGGCCUCGGCCGAGAGGGCGGCUCUGGCCAAGGCACUGAAAAUGACCGACGCGCAAGUCAAGACCUGGUUCCAGAACAGGAGGACAAAGUGGAGGCGACAAACUGCAGAGGAGCGGGAAGCGGAGAGGCAGCAAGCCAAUCGCAUCCUCAUGCAGCUCCAGCAAGAGGCCUUUCAGAAAACCAUCAACCAGCCCCUCCAAGCAGACCCCAUCUGUGUUCACAACUCCUCUCUCUUUGCCCUCCAGAACCUCCAGCCAUGGUCAGAUGACUCCUCGAAGAUUACCAGCGUAACUUCUGUAGCCUCGGCCUGUGAGUGAAGCCUUGACUUUGCCUGUGCAUGGACUGUGGCGUCCCAAAAUGGCUGCCCUUACCCAAUGCCAUUGGGAGAAGAUCUAUGACCCAGAAAAGAGAGUGGCGAACCAGCAACCAGAUCGUGCCCUAUGCAAGCAAAUACUCUUUUAGUGGGCAAAACGUUGGCAGUAUUUCAAUAAAGGGCAUCACUUUUGCUACUUCUUUGAGAUUGCGAGGCCCGAUUAUGAAAAUUCAUGAAGGGUCAUUUAAAGACUUUUCUGGGGAGAAAAGAACCUUACUGUUGUUCUUUUUUAAAAAAAAUAUUUCCAAGAGAAACCACUCAUAUAAUUCAGUUUUACUGGCAAUAUAGGGUUUGUUCUCCCAUUUAAACGUUUUAGACUGAUCACUUGUAAGCGAAAUAAUGACACCAGUUUGAAUUGGAAAUGUUUUUGAACAGCCUCUGCAUCUUCAGCUAGGGUUUGUUUUUGUUUUGCCUCUAAGGACAGUAAGAUCCUGCAGAUGAACAAGAACCUCCCUCUUUUCUUUUUCUUUUUAAUUUUCAGAGAUGAAUUCUUUGGGCUUCUCUCCUUUUCCUUAUUUUCUCCCUGCUGAAGGAAUGAAACCAGAAUUAUUGUUGAAUGUAAACAUUACAUUGCAACCCAUUGUGUGAAGGUUGUGAUCAGUUUUCCUGGCUACCACAGACUCUGCAUUGAUCAACUUAUAGUUUAAUAACUCUGAGGCAUCUGUGGCAUUUUUGCAGGGCUAAUGCAGUUUUACUUGAUGGAUUAUUUUGGUAUCGUUUAUGAUGUUGUUCAAUAUUUUAUUUACUUUUGGGUUGAGAAGUCUGCUUUGCCAUGAGUGGAAAAGCCCUCUUUUCCCAUUUCCUGACCAGCAUUUUCACAAUUUUCUUUUCAUCACGUUGAGGAAAAGCUUCUGAUUAAUUUAAGCACUUCUUAUAGCAAACUCCAAGAAUAUAGAAAAGAUAUCUACAGCAUAUAGUUUUCACUUACUUUAAACUAACCAUCACUGCCAUUUUAAAUCGGAUGAUACACAGAGCCAGGCAAUUUAUCAGAAAAGAAUAUUUUCAGUGAGGUUUUGAAAUGCAUUCAUCAGUUCCCUUUUUUAUUAUUAAGUUAUGCACUUAUAAGAUGGUUUCCUUUUUUUGUGUACUCAUUUUCUAAAGUGUUUGUGUAAUUUAUGUGGAAAAAAAUUGAAUAAAAAGGAAAAAAAAUUCAGUCCAGGUUAGUGGAAAGGGCAAAACAAAAUGAAACCCUGACAAGCUGCUCUCUCGCUCUCUCUGAUUUUUGUGCUAAUUCUUCUAGUAAGAAUUGAGCUCAGAGAUUAUACAGCAACUGCCUGUGCAAGCACUGCUUGGAACAAACAGAAAGAGGACUGCUUCAUGUUCACCAGCAUGCAGGGAUUAUGCAUUAAUUUUAAGCUCUGAUUUUGCAGCCUCACUGUAUAGAAUCAUAGAAUUGUAGAAUUGGAAGGGACCCCCAAGUUCAUGUAGUCCAAGCCCCCACAAUGCAGGAAUGUGCAGUUGUGUACCUCUUGACAACCUUAAGUUUGUGCUUAAUUUCAAGCAAUGUUGAGUAUGAAUGAAUGAAUGAAAAGAAACAUGUAGACUUUCAAAUGGGAUAUAAUGAAAGUAAAGCAGAUAGGGCGAUAUGUGAAACUCCAAGGUGGUUGUUUUUUCAAAAACCAGAUGACUCUUUGAAAUGAGAGUCAAUCAGGUUUGCAAUGCAAAUGUAAUAAUACACAAUACUGAUCAGAACGCUCUUCCCAUUACAAAUGUUUUGCCUUCACUUUCUGAACACACGAAAUGAGAAGACACCAAGUUAAACAACUUGAGCAGCUCAAGAGGCAACUCAAGUCUCACAUGUGAGGACAAAGGGUUGCAUCCAGUGGAGGCUUUUUGUCUUGAGGAAACUUUGGUCUUCUAGCUGCUGCAGAACUACAACUCCCAUCAGCCCUACCAAACAUGGUUAGUGGGCAGUGAUGCAACUGUAGUUCAGCAACAUCUGGGGGGCCAAAGGUUCCCCAAGCCUGCCUUAGCAGCAGUGGUGGACUUUGGGCUCUCACAUUUCAGUGGUAUCUUGUGUGACACUAAAAUUUGGCACCCCCCCAUCUCUCAUCUUCUGCUCUACAGCAGGGGUGGUGAACUGCGGUCUACUCACAGAGUUAAAAACUGGCAGUGGGCUACCCCCUUUUUUAGGGUUCAAAGUUGUUGAGCUUUUUUAGGAACGAGGAAAGCCGUUUGAGCCACUGAUCUACCACAGAUGUCCAGUGAUCUACCAGCUACCAGUUCACAAUCUACCUGUUGGACGUGCCUGCUCUACACCAUUGUUGUGGCACCUGUAGGGUGGUACCCAGUGCAGCUGAACUGAUCACACUACCCUAAAACCACUUCUGUUAGCAGAAGAAGCAUUUCUGGUCACACAUUUGGGGCCCUAGAUUUUCUUGACCUUCUCACUGUGCUAUUGCCUGUUCUGUUCCAGUCUGCCGAACCUGCAGAGCAACUAUUGGGAGGGAGACAAUGUGAGGUUUCAGUGAGAAGGAGAAUUAGCAAAAAUUGUGUAUCCUGGCCGGUGACGGAGCUUCAUGCUCCGGCACCAGGGGGCGGAGAGCAGGCGGGGGCAUGGCUGGCGCACCCCGGGGGCAUGGCAUGCAUCCCAGAGGCAUGGCACAUGCCCUAGGGGUGUGGCGCAUGCCCUUGGGGCAUGGCACGCUGCCUGUGGAGGCAUGGCACCCAGCGUGGGUGGGGGAAGCUGCGAUGGCACCCCACCGGGAUCGCGCUGCCAGGGGUGGUGCGCUCCCCCCCUUCCUCCGCCAAUGAUCCUGGUCUGCCUAAGCAAAGGCAACACUGGAUACAAUCCAUUGUCAUUGUAUACAUUACCCACUGAAGUUGCAUGGUUUGGCCAGUACUUGCUAGCAUGGGAGAAAACGUUUGCUUACUUACAUGCACAUCAUAGCUGCAUUGAAAAUUGAGGCACCAUAUUUAUAUAAUCAUUUCCAGCAGGCCAACAAAUGGACCAGCAAAGGUAGGAUCAUUAGUAUUUAAGAAUCAGGGCAAAGUCUGGUUGUAUGGAAGGUGGAUAGCAACACAGAGGCACCCAUCACUAACUGACAACUGAGGCAUUGUAUCAACUCCAGAUGGACCAGGAUCUUAAAAAAACCAGUAAGAUCCAUGUAGAAUUCUCAUGACAUUCCCAAAUACAUUUUGGAUUUUUAAAAAUGCUUUCAUGCUUUUUUCUUGAUGACAAAUCACUAGAACUAGGAAAAGGAAGUGUGCACUUUAAAAUAGGCAACUGUAGUUUUCAUAACUAUAUAAUUUAAAAACAAACAAACAGGCUGGGCCGCAGGAAUUUCUUUAGGUAUCUGAAGAAUCUACCUUGUGUAUCACCAGAUAUUGAAGGACUUCAGGUUGGGAAGACAUUCAAAUGGAGUCAGUUUAAAACUUAAUCAUCACCAACUCAGCAAGAUUUGAAGAGCCUCCAGGCUAUUGGUCAAUAUGCCUGAAAACAUACUGAAAGGGAAAUGGAUGGGGAUAUUUUGCCUGGUUUUGAACAACUGCACAGUUCAGCAACACACAAUUCAACCAAAAUUAAGAAUAUCAUGUUCAAAGAGGUGUUGUUGAUCGUUCCUCCCCUCCUGCCCACCCCACAUCAAUUCUGUAUUUACACUGAGAUGUAAUUUUGAUCUGAUGCCGGAUGAUGAAAGGCUGGAUUUGUAUUUCAGUGUGUUGUCAUUUUAGUAUUUGCUCUUUUGUGACCAUAUUGUGGAACGUUUGAAUUUUGAGUUAUGGCAAAAUGAAAUUCUUGAGAGACCAUCACGGA